ACCUCUCUUUUGCUUCCACCACCUCCACAGCCGCCGCCACCACCACCACUUCACCAGCUCUUUCCGCCAUGGGCUUCCCCUCCGUCUGCUACACCGUCAUCCUCCCUCGGCCCGUCGCCCUCGUCGUCCACCUCCUCGACCGCAUCAAGCUCGCCGUCUCCAUGGCCCUCUUCUGCCUCGGCCUCGCCUCGUCCCACGAGGACCACUUCCUCUUCCCCCUGCAGAUUCCCGACUUCCUCCCCCCCUCGUCCCCGGCCCUUCCCAUCCCCCCCUCCGCCAUCAAGACCAGGCUUCCCGUCGUCAGGUUCUCCCGCUUCAGGAUCGACGGACGCGACGCCGUCUGCUCCGUUUGCCUGGGGGCCUUGGAAGCCCGGCACGAGGUCAGGGAGCUCGGCAACUGCUCCCAUGCCUUCCACAAGGGCUGCAUCGAUAAGUGGGUGGACGUCGGACAGGUCACCUGCCCGCUGUGCAGAGCUCAGCUACUGCCCAAGGAAAGGGAGGAGGACGCAGUGGCUGCCGACUGAGACUUGUCAGGGCACGGACGGAGAAAGGGCGCCAAGUGAUUCCACUCAUCAAUAAUGUUGGUGAUGAACUGUAGCUGAUCAUUCCAAAGAGUUUCAUGUGCUGAGUCAAGAAAUCAGAAUCAUUCCUCUUCCAAA